AUGUCUCUUCUCCGAGCCAACUUCCCUGGCAAUGGCGACUUCGCCCCUCUCUUCCGUCUUCUUGACGACUACGAUGACCACCGCUCUUCCCGCAACCAGCCCUUGGUUCGCUCGUUCUCUCCUCGCUUUGAUAUCCGUGAGAGUGAAGAUGGAUACCAUUUCGAUGGUGAACUGCCUGGCAUCUCUCAAAAGGACAUCGAUAUCGAAUUCUCCGAUCCCCAAACUCUGGUUGUCAAGGGCCACACUGAACGCGAAUACCACACCUCCGAGCCAAACGGCGAGGCGAAGGAAGGCACUAAGAAGGCUGACGAAACUGAGUCCACUCACCGGUUCUGGGCCAGUGAGCGCUCAGUUGGCGAGUUCCAGCGCGUCUUCUCCUUCCCGACCCCUGUCGACCAGCACAAUGUCAAGGCCAGUCUGAAGAACGGCAUCCUGUCCAUUAAGGUACCCAAGGCCAGUGCUACUGCUGCUUCCAAGAAGAUCACCAUUGAGUGA